UGAUUGGCUGACAACCGGGUGGGUGGAUCAGGAGAAAAGCAAACAUUGCCACAGGCUUUGCCACUCUGUACCUGUCUGUUUGACUGCCUCCAGUUCUCUCUCGACUCAGGUCAGAUACCCUCUCUCAAGCUUUCAGCCCAUCCGCCUCGCCGCUUACUUUCUCCUCGCAGCCAUGAGGACCACUGUGGUCGCUGUUGUCAUGGUGAUGUUGUGCGUGAUGAUGGUAGACGCAGACGUGAAGCCGCAGAGAGAUUUCAACCUGCGGAUGUUUGCAGGGAGAUGGUACCGGGUGGGCCUGGCCUAUGACUCUUCAAGCUUCACGCCCUUCAGAGACAAAGUGAAGGCCUCCAUGGGCAGCGUCGCCGCACUGCCAAACGGCAAUGUUAACCUCACGAUGUGGGACGCCACACCUUUUGGUUGUCAGAGAAAGGUGUACAACUAUGAGAAGACCAGCGUACCUGGACAGUUCACCUACUUCAGCACACGCCACAACAUCGUGAAAGACAUCACAGUGGUGGACACGAACUAUACUGAUUACGCCGUGGUUCUCAAAAACAAGGUUUUUAACAGAGAGUACACACAGGUUGCUCUUUACGGUCGCACUCAAACGGUCUCGAACGGUAUAAUUGCGAAGUUUAAAACCUUUGCCUUGUCCCAAGGUUUCCCCAGAGACUCGAUUCUGACUCCACCUCCAGCAGGUAAAAUAGAGGGAGCACAUAUGCACACACAGGUAAUGUGGAGAGUUACAUGACACUGAAGUGUCCUACAUGUUUUCUGGCCAACAGAAAAUUGCCCACCAUUAAGAUCUGGGCGUUAGGUGAGUCUUUUUUUACAUUGGAUUUUAAAAUAUUGACAAACAGGUGAGUUACUUAUACAUUCAGCUGUAUACGUGACUUCACAUCUUCAGUGUUAAUGAGUAUGUGUGUCUCCUUAUAGGUUCUCUGCUGUACCUGAGAUGAUGGUGGCAUGCAUUUCCUGACGUGCUGCUUUUUGUUUGCCGGGUCACUUUUUCCCACAAUUUAUAGCUGAUGAAAUGUAUUUGUCAUUCUCUGUUAUGUAGUGUUUUACAUUAUGUUCCAUCAUUCAUAGUUAAUUAAAACAUAUUUACCUCCAGGUUAUUUAAAUAACAAAUUGUGUAAUGUUCUCCACCUGAAUGUAAUCCGAUGUGCUGUUUCACAGUGUUGACAUUGUCAAAUAAACCUUAACCUCCAG